AUGGAGACCUCCCGUGAGGCUUUGAUUUCUUCAGGAGAGCCGUCGGAGACCCGGCUGGUCUACGUAACCAACCUCCAGGCCGAAUCCAAGCCAAGGACUCCCUCAAACUGGUUUAAACGCGUUGCUUCUGCUUCGUUCUGCUUUGGACAUCGUCAAGGCACCAGUGAAGUGACAGAAAAGACCUCCGAAAAACGCGAGCCAGGCAGGUUCGACCCGUCGUUGAAGUCCGUUCUUAAACGUGAGCGAGGCGGUGCUGCUGCCAAACCUCGGCGGAGAGGCUUGGGCCGCCGCUGGGCGGUUUGA